AUGACCUCCACCACCGUCAUGACUAUCCGAUCGAGGUCGACUUUGCGCGUCAACGAAGGCGUCGCUCCUCCACCAUCCAAGCGCCCUCGUUUGCAUGCGCCCGUGGCUCGGCGCAAGAGCUCCCCCGAUCUCCUCGAUACCACCAUCGACGAUUCUCCCUCCAAGCCCAUCGUACCCCUGCGACACUCCACGCGCCGACCGGGGCCUCUCUCCUCGCCCUCCUUCAACACCAACGCGGCCUCCUCAUCCCAUCCUCCUCCGUCCACCCCACGCUCGAAAGAUCUCCGAAUCCACCGGCGCGAAACCCCCUCGACCGCCGCCCUCUUCCUGCGUGGAGGUCGCGAAAGCCCCGAUCCCCUCGACACCAUCUCUCCGACCACCGAACCCGUUCGCUCGCCCGGUCGCCCGUCGUCCGUGCGCCGUCCGGCUCCGACCCCAGAGUCCGGCCGGCGACGCAUGCAGAAGACCGCUCGUUCCUCCGACUCCCCCGCUGCGUUCUCGUCGCAUCUGCCCGAUCCUGCGCCGGCGCAGGAUUCUCCGGGCAUCGUUGAAGAUGCGCCCCCUGCUGCUUCGUCGGGUCCGCCCCAAUCACAAUCAGAAUCCCAAUCAGAACCGCAACCGCAACCGCAGCAGCAACAGCAGCAACGUCGGAGCCUGCGCUCGCAUGACGGGGGUUCCCGCGCGCGGAGCGAAUUGGCGCUGUAUUUCCCCAACUACGAGCAAUUGCUGAGCUUCGAGCCUCCGAAGACUGAAUUUCUUGCCGGCCAGACCAAAAUCAAGCUCAUCGACGAUCUCUCCGAGUCCCCUGUCUCUUCCUUGGCGUCGCCGGCUCAUGAUACGGAAUCGCCAUUCGGGAACCCGCUGGUUAAUCUACACAAUUGCGAGACCAUUGCUCUUCCCGCGCCCGCGGAAUCGGAGGAGACGCCUCGCAAAACGAAAGUCGAAGAGGCUGAGAAGGAGGAAAUAGAGGACGAGGACCCCCUCAACGAAGCCACCUACUUCCGAGCUCACCGGCGCAAUGAGCGCCAGGAGAAACAGCUUCGGAACAUCGAGCGCGAACGCGCUCAGCAUGAGAAACAGCAACUGGACCGCCUAGUGGACGAGCUGCAAGGCCAAGACUGGCUGCGAGUCAUGGGAAUCAGCGGCGCCACAGACCAGGAGAAGAAGCAUUACGAAUUGAAGCGCGACUUUUGCGUGAAGGAGCUCUCGGCGCUGAUCCAGAAGUUCAAGAUCUGGAGGGAAGAGGAGAAGCGACGCAAGGCGGACAAGGAGAAGCUGCGCGUUGAGUCCGCUGAAGACCUGGACGCCACUCCUCAACAACACCAUCCUCAUCCGCCCUCCGCGUCUGCGUCCACAUCCCAGAAACGCCGCUCCACCGAUGUAGUGGUCGAGGACUCUGAAGAUCCCGAUGAGUCACCCGUUACCUUGCUCUCCGACGCCCCUAGUUACGGCGAGACCCCGGAUGUCAACGACGUCGACGCCUGGGCAGCUCGUCAACUCCAUCAAGAAGCCCGCUCCGCCACCGCGGGAAAGAAACCAAAAGGGUCGUCGUCCGCCACUCCCGCCGGCGAAGGAGGACGCAAGAAGUCCAAACCCAGCAACAUCCCCAAUCACAGCAGCAACAGCACCAACAAUAACAACAACGCCGCAGAACCCGUUGCAUCCACAGCCGCAGCCGCAGCACCUGCACAGCCCCCAAUCCCACUUCUCCCCCCCGUCUUCGUCCCAGACAAACCAUUCACCUCUUUCUUCUCGAAGCGCCACGUCCGGGACGCAGCGCUGUCGACUCACCGCAAGGGUCGCGUCCGACUGGCUUUCGGACACCUGAUCCCCGAACCGGAGGAGAGGGAGUUCGAACUUCCCGCGGACAUCCUGACCCCGGAAGCGAUCGACUCGUGUCGACGGAAGCGAAGGCGCAUGAAGCGGGCGAGCCGGACGGGGACGGUGUCUUAG